AUGAGUGCAGUUUUUAGCCCAUCAUUCAUGAUGAUGCAACGUCCAGUGGGAAGCACCACGGCCUUCAGCAUCGACUCCCUAAUCGGAGGUCCCCCUCAACCGAGCCCAGGACAUUUUGUUUACACGGGCUACCCCAUGUUCAUGCCGUAUAGGUCAGUAGUGCUGCCUCCUCCGCCCCCUCCACCGCCGGCCCUCUCUCAGUCCGCGCUCCAGGGGCUGCCGUCCACGCACCCGCACCACCAGAUCCCCGGGUUACCCAGCAGCUUCUGCUCCAGCUUGGCGCAGGGCAUGGCGCUGACCUCCACGCUCAUGGCCACGCUGCCCGGCGGCUUCCCCGCGUCUCCACAGCAGCAGCAGGAGGCGGUGAGGAAGUUCGCGCCCCAGUCUCUCCACGCUGCCUUCGACAAAACUCAGGAAAUGCGCUUGGACGCAGACGACGGGAAAAGCUUCCUGGGAAAGGAGUCUUCUCUCUCGUCAUUCCACGACACAGAGUCCCUGCAGUCCGUCACAGCCAGAAAUCACAGUAAAGAUGAUGGCAAAGAGGACGAGUGUAACCGUAAAGAGGAUAGUUACACGAUGGACAGCGAUUUAGACUACAGCUCAGACGACAAUGCCAGCGGCAGCGCCAUGUGUCAAAAGGACGACGGAGACGGGAGCGGUGGAAUGGACGAUGGUGCCCAUGGACCGAGCGGAACCGGCAGCACCACUUCUACCGGCAAGAACCGACGGCGACGGACAGCCUUCACCAGCGAGCAACUGUUAGAACUGGAGAAGGAAUUUCACUGUAAGAAGUACCUCUCUCUCACAGAACGCUCGCAGAUUGCGCACGCGCUAAAGCUCAGCGAGGUCCAGGUCAAGAUCUGGUUCCAGAACCGACGAGCCAAGUGGAAGCGCGUGAAAGCCGGAAACGUGAACUCUAAAAACGGAGAGCCCUCCAGAAACCCCAAAAUCGUGGUGCCCAUCCCCGUGCACGUCAGCCGCUUCGCAAUACGGAGUCAGCACCAGCAGCUAGAGCAAGCGCGGCCUUGAUCUCACACGGGAUGCGGAGGACUUACUGUCGAUAUAAGUUAAACGAAAUAAACAACCAUAGAGUACAGAAUAUGUAUGAAAACAAUGUUGGACUUCAAAUUAUGUCGACAGACCCAUGUUUAUACCUGUGAGAAAAAAAUGUGGUCGGUAAAAUGAUGUGGAAUAAUUCUUUCUUAGGCCUGCCUGACUGAGACCUGGAGCGGUAGGCUACCACACGAUUAGGUGCGUGAGUCGACUGAGAGGAUUCGGCUCCGGUGUUUGAUGAGAGUAUUUUGGGAAAGACUAAACUAUUUGGACCAAAAUAAUGGAUGCCGGGAGCCACUGUACAUUCCCAACAAAAAUAAUAGGCUAAUCAUGGAGAUCACUAUGGUUUUUUAGUUGUGUGCAGAGGCAGAGUUGUCAUGUUGGUGUAUUUUUUCAGACAUAACUGAGAGAACAGACGUGUCUCAGAUGAGCACUUUUUUGUUGGUUUAGCACUGUAAAAAGAUUAAGAAAAAAUCCACACUCUACCCCAGACAUUCAGGUGUUCCUGCUGCAUCAAUUCCAAUUAUGUGUUUUUAUUUACGUGAUCUUCACUAACUCUUAAAUUGACUAUUGUUGCUUGAUUUAAAAAAACGUUUAUGAUUGUAUUUUUCCACACCUUAUA